GUCACUGACAACUGAAACCGAUUAGUCGUAAUUAUUCACUGCCAACUCCCGGACUAUGACGAUAAGUUUUCAAAGGAUACGCCUUGUGUAGCCGAGCGUGAACCCUGGACCACGCGUAUAUAAAGUCUGCGCGCCACGAAGCCAUAGUUAUCAGUUCUUAAAACUACCAACAUGAAGUGCGCGGUCGCAAUCGUCCUGGCCCUCUUCGGAGUGGCGACAGCUGUUCCCGUGCCUUCUUCAUUGGGCUGGGGCGUCGGCCCCGUACUUCUGCCCAGCGCCGUGUCUGUAAGCUCCAGCGUGAUCAACCACGGCAUCUCCCUCCCCGUAGUGAAGCCCAUCAUCUCCGCGCCGAUCAUCACCGCCCCCAUCAUCAGGACCCCCAUCAUUGCCGCCCCAGUCAUUCGAUCCCCCAUUAUUUCCCCCCUCGGCUUGACCGGACUCGGACUUGGCGGACUCGGCGGACUCGGCCACGGCUGGCACGGAUAAGUUUGCAGAUAGUUAAAUACUUCUUCGAACUAAAAUCUCGAAAAAAAACAGUUGACUGCGAGAUAAAAUGCGUUCGAAGUUCAAAUUUCGAACAGUUUAUGCGUAUCUCUGGUAAAAACAAAUGACGUCGCGUGAGAUAACCGUUCGAUUUUCGAACGAUCAUGAUGCGACAAAUUUCAACAGAGCAGAAAGUUCGAAUUUUUGAAAUUCGAACGUGAUUUUUAAAUUGUUCGAAGUUGGACUAUGUUGGCAUCUUCUUUAUUUUGUUGAUAAGUGACGACAUCUCUCAAUAUUGAAUGUAUAUUGCUUUCUUGAGCCUGUUACUGUAUUGGCAAAUAUAAUCUUGUUUUUAUUGCUUUGUUUUA